AUUAAUUUUUUCUUUUCCCUCUCUCUUCUUUCUAAACUAAGGGUUUAGCUCUCACAGGAACUCACGCACCUCAUCUCCAUCGCAGUACACCGCACGGGAUCGCACCGCACCACCGGACCUGCACCGUUCCGCUGCACCUGCACUGCACUGCACAGCCGAACCUACGCUGCGUCGUUGCGCCUGAAACUUCGUCGUGGACGAGAGGAGUUGCAACGCGGAACAACGGAGCUGAUAUAUCGAAGGUGGUGAAAUAGGUCAGCGUUUUCGAUCACGAAAUAGGUGCUUGAUAUGCAGAUGAUGAAGAAGAAGAAAUCAGAUGUAGAAAGGCAGCAGGACGACUACAAUGAAUUUAAGAGCAAUGCAGAUAAAGAUGAUAGUCAAGACAAAAAGGAGGAGAGGAAGAAGAAAAAACUGAGUGAAGAAGGUAAAAGUAAGGAGUAUAAUGAAUUUGAAAGAAAUGAAGCUGAAGAUGAUGCCCUAAGUAAGAAGAGGAAGAAGAAAAAAUUGAGUACAGAAAGCAAAAGUAAGGAGUAUGAAGUCUUUGAAAAGAAUGAAGGUGAAGGUGAUGCCGAAGGUGAAGGUAAGGAGAGGAAGAAGAAAAAACUGAGUGAAGAAGACAAAUGUAAGGAGUAUAAUGAGUUUGAAAACAAUGAAGGUGAAGAUGAUGCCCUGGGUAGGAAGAGAAAGAAGAAAAAAUUGAGUAAAGAAAGCAAAAGUAAGGAGUACAAUGUCUUUGAAAGGAAUGAAGGUGAAGUUGAUGUCAAAGAUAAGAAGAAGAAGAAGAAAAACAAACUGAGUGAAGAAGCCAAAAGUAAGGAGUAUAAUGAAUUUGAAAGCAAUGAAGUUGAAGACAAUGCCCAAGGUAAGAAGAAAAAAUUGAUUCAAGAAAGCAAAAGUGAGGAGUAUAAUGUUUUUGAAAGGAAUGGAGGUGAAAGCCAUAUCGAAGGUAAGAGGAAGAAGAAAAAGCUGAAUAAAGAAGGCAAAAGUAAGGAGUAUAAUGAAUUUGAAAACAAUGAUGGUGAAGAUGAUGCCCAAGGUAGGAAGGGGGAGAAGGAAAAAUUGAGUAAAGCAAGCAAAGGUGAGGUGUAUAAUGUCUUUGAAAGGAAUGAAGGUGAAGAUGAUGCCAAAGGUAAGAGGAAAAAGGAGAAGAAAAGAAAACAUUGUGAAGAAAGCAAAACUGAGGAGUAUAAUGUCUUUGAAAGGAAUGAAGGUGAAGAUGAUGCCAAAGGUAAGAAGAAGAAGAAGAAGAAAAGAAAACAUGGUGAAGAAGGCAAAAGUAAGGAGUAUAAUGAGUUUGAAAACAAUGAAGGUGAAGAUGAUGCCCAAGGUAAGAAGAGGAAGAAGAAAAAAUUGAGUAAAGAAGGUGAAGAUGAUGUUGAAGGUAGGAAGAGUAAGAAAGGAAAAAUGAUUGAAGACGGCAAAAGCAAGGACAAAAAUAUGAUGACAAAGAAUAAAGCCAAGGCAGAUAAUGGCGACUCUCCUAAUCCUGCAAACAGUGGAUUAUCCAAACCCAAACGGGUAACUUUUUCUGAUGAAGUGGAGGUUUGUUGUGAUGGUUUAGUUCGUGGGAAACGGUUCACACCAGAAGAAGAUGAGCAGAUUAAAUCUGCUGUUUAUAAUUUUAUAGAGUCUCGUGGUUUGGGAGAUGAAGGUCUAGAUAUGGUUCUCCAUUGCAGGGCUCAUAGGGAAGUUAGAUAUUGUUGGAAGGAAAUUGCAGCAGCCUUACCCCACAGGCCACUUUAUAGUGUGUACACUCGUGCCCAUAUUUUGUUUGAAAGGAGUGAGAAGCGAGAGUGGACACCUGAAGAGUAUGAAUUUUUACGGAAGGUGAAGGAACAGCAUGGAUCUAAUUGGAGACAAGUAGCGGAUGCAUUGGGCAAAAAUCGAAUUCAUGUAAAGGAUGCAUGGCGCAGAGUGAAAUUAAGUAAUACAAAUAAAGGACGAUGGACCCAAGAGGAGUAUCAAAAGUUAUUUGAUUUAGUGAACCUGGACCUACGUGUGAGGGCUUCACAGGGUUAUAGAAAAUCAAAACAUGGUAUGUUACGAGAUAAUAUUGGUUGGGAGGCAAUUGGUGAGAAGUUGGUCAGUAGAAACUCCGUGAGCUGCUGCCACAAGUGGUAUGAUAAAUUAAGAUCACCCAUGGUUGCUGCUGGUGCAUGGAGUGAUACCGAUGACUAUCGCCUUGUUGAUGCUUUAUAUAAUUUGGAUGCCUGCUGCAUGGAGGAGGUGGAUUGGGACCAUCUGCUUGAGCAUAGGACUGGUGAGGCAUGUAGAAAACGGUGGAACCAAAUUGUCCGAUAUAUUGGAGACCAUGGAGGGAAGUCAUUUGCUGAGCAGGUUGAGAUUCUUGCAAAAAGAUAUUGCCCCGACUUAUUGGAAGUAAGAGAGGCAUUUGAUGCAAAACCUUUGGUUUGUUGAGAUUAUUGUUUUUAAAAAUGUAUUGAUUUAUGAUUAUGUUCUUGUGGGAUCAUCCAACACAUCAGAAACUGUAUUCUAUUUGCAGUUAGUUUUUAGUAGUGUUUUCUUAUAUUGAACUUUACCUUGCAAGUUAUUUGAGAAUGCUACUUAUCGCUGGUUGUUGGA